AACUGUAAGUCAAAGUGACGCUGACGCAGUUUUAAAGGUUAUGCCUGGUGUUAUGAAAAACGAAACAGACGCAAACCUUAUUUUCCAUUUUCUCAACGACGCUACAUCAAACAUUCAAGUAAAAUUCAACAAUCACUCACACGCUAAUGGAUAGCGACGAUGACCUCCUCACCGUCUGGGUCGGCAAUUUGCCAUCCCAAGUAACCGAAGAUCUCCUCUAUGAGCUAUUCCUCCAGGUCGCACCGCUGGAGGAGGUGCACAUUCCCACCGACCAAUCGGGCAAAUGCAUGAACUACGGCUUCGUCACCUUCAAGCAUCAAGUGUCCGUGCAGUACGCCAUCGAUAUGUUCAACAACAUUGAACUCUUCGAUCGCACCAUCAUUGUGCGCAGUCGAAACGGCAACAACAAUUCCAACAAAAAUCAGCUUGUAGGACCACCCCUUGUGCAUUCAAACGAUGUAUUACGAAUGGGCAUGGGUAUGAGUAUGAUGCCAAUGAUGCAUAUGCCCAUCAUGCCACCACAACACCACCAGCAUGAUUAUCAUGCAAAGGAACGAAGUAGGCAUGCUCAACACUCCAACAACAAACCUUACAGACAACAGAGUAGUAAUCAUAGGCCCAAACAUAGGAGUAAUAAUCACAAUCGUUACAGGUUUUAGGAGUGUAGCAAGUGAAACAUAAAAUUAAUUGGUACAAAAGAAUUAAAUACUAGUAAAAUGACUUAUUACAAACUUAAUUGUUGUGUAUGUAUAUUUUAUUGUAUAAAUAACUAGGUAUUAGACGAAUUAUGUUCUAAUUGUAUGAGAAUACAAGCCAUUUUAUGUAUUAUAUAAAAAAAACUGUGAACAAUCAUAAUGUAAUGUAAAUUUUGUUUAAAUCAAGAAAACAAUAUCAUCAGAAA